CACACACACACAAUCAAGCAAAGAUAAAUACGGAGCACUGUUAUGACGAAUCUUCAGGCUCUCUGUUUGUUGCCAAUUUUGGCCCUGGCAAACAUGUUUGUCAAGAUAAGUGGAUCAAGCUCUAUUCACCCAGAGCUGACAGGUCCUGACAUGGCCUACCUUAACUCCAGAGUGGUCUUCAACUGUAGUACACCCAACUACCCGCUGCCAGUCACCUAUGAGUUGAUAAGGGACAGUGGUGUCCGUAUCGAUGUAAGGAUGAAUCUCCAAAGGGACCAACCUGCAUUGUUCUCCCUGAAGGUUUCUGCAACAUCAGAGGGGUCAUACCACUGCAAGGCGACAACUAAAAGAAGCACAGGAGUCAGCAACAGCAUCAGGCUGAGUGUAGUCACUCCAGCAUCAAAUACCAGAGUGACUUCUGAACCCUUCCCCCCAGUUGCAUAUGAGGGGUCACGCGUCAUCCUGAGCUGUGAUGUUGCAAAGGGUUCCCACCUCUCCUACACCUGGUUUUUCAACAAGCAGGAAGUAACAUCUUCAGUCUCUCCCUUCUUCCACCCCACUGGGAACAAGCUAGUCAUGGAGAUGGUGACUCCAGAGCAUGCUGGGUGGUAUUACUGUGAGGCUUGGUCCAUUGUGCAGGGCAAUAAGAGGGUUUCUAGCAGCACAGUGGUCCAGGUGACAGUUAAAGUUUACAUUUCAAAACCAAAGAUCUCCUUCUCCAUCUCCAAAGUGGGAGCCAGCUACUUUGGCAAUGUGACCUGCUGGUCAUCAAGAGGGAGUCCUCCAGUUAACUUCUCCCUUUCACUAGAUGGCAAAGAAGUGGGGUCUGAAACAGCAAAUGAAUAUCUCUCAGCCUGGUUUCCUGUCACCAUGACGCCUGGGAUGGACAUGGGCGUGGCACAAUGUUGGGUGAAAACUGAGCUGCAGGAGUUGAUGAGUGAGCCUCUGACUCUGGAAGUGGUCCCAGUCGGAGGUGACAUGAAAGUGAAGGUGGAAUAUCUGUACAGAGCUGACUCCACACUGGCCGCCACCAGGCUACACUGUCAAGUCAGCAGAGGAACAUUCCCUUACAUCUCCUGGCUCUUGAAUGACUCUGUCCUUCCCUCUAAGAUGCAUGUAGACUCUUAUAUUCAGCCUGGCCUACCUCACUAUGUUCUCACAAACCUUAGCCGAACUCUCAUUCUUAGUGAACUUGGCCAAGAGAACACUGGGUAUUAUCGCUGCAGGGCCAGGGACAGCUACAAUGAUUCUGGGCCCUGGGUGGAGAGUGCAGCUGUGCUGGUCCCAGUCACAGACAGAAUCUGGAACUGUUUGCCUCAGGCACCAUCUUCCACUGAAAUCCAAUCACAUGCUCUCUUAGCCACCAUAGAGGUGAUUACCGUGGUGUUCUGCUGCUUCCUUCUUCUGAUGCUGGCAGCGGGCGGAGUCUGUGUUUACAGGAUGUUUGACCAUCAGCAAGCUCUUACUCACACUGCUGUGAUAAACUCUGAUGAAGUUCCUCAGUCUGCGCCCACGUUCCAGUCAGGAGGUAGGCCCAACACAUCCUCUACAGACUGUGAUACCCAGGAUCAGAUUGAAGAGAUCACAGUAUGAAACAUGAGAAACCUGCACCUAUCAUCAAACUGACCCCCUCUUCAUGGAACCUGACACUAUUUCAUUUAAAAAUCUGCAGCUAUUUUUGUUGGUGCUCUGCAAGCGCUGGUGGAACCAUAUUUUUCAGCA